UCUGGGAGGUGUUUUCAGAAACCCACCUGGGUUCUCUGUUAGGAAAUUCACAUGGUCCAUCCUCAAAGAGAUGGAGGCCUCAGGCCCUCAAGGUUGUUCUGUGCCCUGGAGACAGUCCACUCAUCUGGCCCUUCCUGGGAAAGGAGCCCAUCUUCCUCUGCAGGGACCUGGGCUGCAAUCUCCCUUCUCACUUUUCUUGGGGUACCCAGUGCUCUGGAGGCAAAGGCUGUUUCCUGACUCCAUGACCCUGCCAGCCUUCCCCCAAAAAACCCAUCCAGGCUCACUAUUUCCUCCUCUAAGCCUUACUUCUUCCUCUCUAGGGCUUAUUCCCUUGUCAGGGUAACAAAAUGGGGUGUGUGUGUGAAAGGGGUGAGCUGGAAAAAAGGGGAGGCACUGCCAGCCCUCACCCAGAGAAGCCUGCUUGGGCCCAAGGCCACAAAUGCACCCACCCACCUUGCUCUGUCAGGGCCCCUUGCUCUGUCAGGGCCUCUUGCUCUGUCCACCUGUAAAUGUACCUGUUCCUCCAUCUGGGAACCACAAUUCACCAGCGUCCUGUCCCCACCCCCCUUACACUUCCAUCGCUUUCCUAUGCUGGACCUCAGGAGACUGUUUCCUGCCUGCAGUCCUGCCACUCCCCAGCCCCAACCCCACUCCUGUGCCCUACAUCACCUACCCCCAAAGGGAUCCCCUCUCAUCCCCGAGCAUCUCACCCUGGUCUCAGCUUCCCCAAGUGGAGACUGCACUGGCUUCAACAAAAACUGUCCUGUGUCUCCUAUGCACCCCCAAUACUAGAGUCAGCAGAGCUUGGGCCAUCAGGCUUGCACAAGCCCCUCGGGGAGGGUAGAGCCCGGGACCACCCUCCAGGACCCGGUCUCCUUUGCUGUGUUCCCGCCAGCAUUUCCCUGCUCACGGUAGACAGGGAGGGGUGCGCCCAGGAACUAAGAGCGAAUCCCUUCCCCAUCCUCUCACAGGAACUCCUUCGGGUGUCACAGCCUCACCCCCGCCCACCCUGUCCCACCCUGGAGCCCCCAUUCGGCUUUGGGAGGACCUGCAGCAGCUACUUGUGCAUCACAAAAUGAGGCCCUGGGAACAUCAGCAGCGACCGGGUGGGGGGAGCGGCGAGGCUGUGUCCCCGGAGACGCCCUGCCGUCGUCCUCCAUUCUCCGGGUUGUGUCCAGGCCCCCAGAGGCACAACCAGACCCCAUGGGUGCAGCUGGAGGGUGCCUCCCAUCCGCCAUCCCCUUUGGAUGGGGCGGAAAACCCCCCAAGGAAGUCCUAGCGCAGUUCACGUUGCCCCAGCCGACCACGUGAGGGCGCGCCCUGUGUUAGUUUGGACAAAUUAAAGCUCCUCUUGCGGGCAGGCCUGGAUCCCCUCAGGCCGGGCCAGGGCUCGAGUGCCCGUGGCAUUCUCUGGGCUGCCGGCCGCCAAGGUCCUGGCCGUGGGUCCUCCUCUGGGGCCCGCGCUAUUGGCCUCCAAACGAGGUGCCCCCCUCCUCUCGCGCUCCCGCAGCCUAGGGUGCACCUCUCCGUUCGCCUUUGCUGAGCUCGUCCAGGACGCAAGCCGCCUCUCCACUGCGUUGGGAGCUCAGGCCCCGUCUGGGGCGCCCCGCUGCGGGCGCAGUGGCGCUGGAGAGGCGCGGUCCGAGCAGCUAGCGGCCAGAGAAGGGGCUCCAAGAAGCACAAGUUGGCGCUGGCCCCGGACCAGGCUGUUGUUGUUCUCAACGUGGUCCGCCAUGAACCUAUAAAAAGCCGAGGGAAUCGCCCUCCUCACCAGAGCGCACCGCGCACGCUCAGCGAGCUCCAGAGGCGCCAGAGGAAGCAGCGGCGGCCGCGCGCGUUCGGCGGGAUUCCUCUUCUCUCCAGCCCGGCCUAGGUCUGCGUCCCCAGCUCCAGCCGCCGGUUCGGACUCGGUCUCCGACCCCAACUCGGUCCCCUAACCCGGCCCCGGCUCCGGGCCCCCCACCCUCGCUCCGGCCCGGCCCGGCCCCUACCCCAGCCCUGCCGCCCGGCCCCAGGCCCGGCCGCGGCCGCUCCCGUCUGGAGCCGCCGCGCGCCCCCAGCCCCCCUGCACCCCCUCGGCCCCUCGCCUUCCUCUUCCCGGCGCGGCCUCCCGGCUUCCGCGCGCCGCCCGCCACCAACCCGCUUGCUACCAUGUCUGUGGAGCUCGAGGAGGCCUUGCCGGUGACGACCGCCGAGGGGAUGGCCAAGAAGGUGACCAAGGCUGGCGGCUCGGCGGCGCUCUCCCCAUCUAAGAAAAGGAAGAACAGCAAGAAGAAGAACCAGCCGGGCAAGUACAGCCAGCUGGUGGUGGAGACCAUUCGCAGGCUGGGCGAGCGCAACGGCUCGUCGCUGGCCAAGAUCUACACCGAGGCCAAGAAGGUGCCCUGGUUUGACCAGCAGAACGGGCGCACUUACCUCAAGUACUCCAUCAAGGCGCUGGUGCAGAACGACACGCUUCUGCAGGUGAAGGGCACUGGCGCCAACGGCUCAUUCAAGCUCAACCGCAAGAAGCUGGAGGGCGGCGGAGAGCGGCGCGGAGCCCAGGCGGCCGCCACCGCCCCGGUGCCUGCCGCGCACAAAGCAAAGAAGGCGGCCCCGGGCGCGGCCGGCUCCCGGCGCAGCGCAGACAAGAAGCCCGCCAGGGGCCAGAAGCCGGAACAGCGCUCGCACAAGAAGGGCGCUACCACCAAGAAGGACAAAGGCGGCAAGGCUAAGAAGACGGCGGCCGCCGGGGGCAAGAAGGUGAAGAAGGCGGCCAAGCCCAGCGUCCCCAAAGUGCCCAAGGGCCGCAAGUGAGCGCGCCGGCCCGGUCCGCGUGGCCGGCGUGGGCUUUUUAGUGUUUUUGUUUUUCUACCCCAAGUGACGUAGAUUUUGUAAGGCUUGCCCCGGCUGGGGCCGCGGGGCCUGUCUCAGCCGCAGGGAGGGGCCCCGAGUCCUCUUCGUCCCUCCCCUCCCCCAACGAUGUAGCAGCGUUUUUCGUUGUUUGCUUUAGGUUUUUGAAACAGCCCUGGCGACGCCUCUAUUGGCUCUCGGCCUUGGCAACGGCCGUCGUCAUGGUUACCGGCCCCUAGGCGCCAAUAUCCGAGGCCGCGCCUGCCCACCCAGGCGGGGGCCGCUGGUUGGCCGGGCCCAGGCGCGCGGGUACGCGGCGGCCGCGCAUCCCUUCCUGGCUUCCCAAUCCUCUCUGCCUUUGGGUGCGCGACAAACAAUCGCUCCGGGCUCAGGGCUGCGCGGCGCUUCCCUUCAUUCCAUGGGCCUUUUUUGGGCACAAUAAAGCGUUUAAACCUUUCAA